UUAGUAAUAUAUAAGAGGAAUGUAAUAAGCUUCUACAUAAAUAUUGGUAUUUUUCAAAAAGAUUUGACAAGCCAUUGAAAUGGUCUGUCUCAAUUUAAGGCAACCUCAUUUGUUCACCGAAUUGAGAAAACACAUAAUUAUAGCAUAAAUUGGCCUUAUCGGUUUCAUUAUUUCUAGGCCAAAUCAGAGAAUUUUGAAGAAACAAAGGGUUUUGGCAGCCUAUUGUUGGAACUCACUAGUUCAUAGGGUACUGAUGCUAAGACCGGUAUUAGCAUUAAAGCUGAGACAUUGGUACAGAGCAGUGCUUUCAUGGCAAUUUUUUUUUAUCAUAACUAAAAACAUGUUAAAUGGUCCAUUUAUAAGCUGAGACAGAAAAGAUAUACUGUAUUUUUUGGAGUAUAAGACACCUUUUCCCCCCUGAAAGAGGGUGAAAAUUUGGGUGCAUCUUAUACACCGAAUGUAGCCCCGCCCAGCCUCUGAAACCUCCAUUUGAGAGGCUGAAAAAAAAGCCUCUGAAACAGAGGUUUGAGAGGCUGGAAAAAAAGCAAGGCGCAGAGCUCACAGCAAACAAACCUGUUGCUAAAAUUCACCUCUGGGAACAGCUGAUUGGGGGUAUUCUGGGAGGCCAAUCCAUCCCCAAUCAGCCUUUUUCUUAUUUUCUUCCCCAAAAACUAAAGUGUGUCUUAUACUCCGGUGUGUCUUAUAGUCUGAAAAAUAUAGUACUUGCUGAUAAAGAUGGUUGUAACUAAUUUUCCUUGUUUGGCUGCUUCAGAUAUCACAUCAAUUAAGAACCAAUAUAAAUGUUUGAAAAUAUGAAAAAUGCCAAUAUUUAUGUGGAAGCUUAUUACAUUUCUACAUUUUACUAAGGGAAUUAUUCUAUUCAAAUAUUUAUAUAAAACUUUCCAUUUCAAGCAUUUUUUAAAAAUUCAUAAUAAAUUGAUUUUUAAUAUACAAUAGCAGUUGUACUUUAUCUGUAUCACCUGCAGACUGGUUUGCACCUUUUACCAUGUUAAUAGGCUUCUUUCUUUUGGCAGUAUGUCAAAGAGCAGUCUUUGUGGAUUCCUCAUGUCCAGGGACUUCAUUGAUAUUUUAAACGAAUGACAAUUAGGUCAUUUGAUCAGACAAUGGAAUGGAUCCUAAAAGGACUCUUUAGGUAUCAUGAUUUUAUUGUUAAAUAUCAAUAUCAUUUUAUUGUUAAAUUGUUAGCAUUUGCUUUCUGACUACCUGUUUCUAUGGCUGCUAUUGGAACAAUUACCAUUCCUGUCAAAAUGAGAACUGCUACUGCCAGAGUUUCAGUCAGUUCCACCAGCUGCAGCGUGACCUGUGGCAUGGGUUACAAGGUUGAAGAAACAUGCCAGAUUGGGCCUAAUGGUGAAAAGAGGUACUGCGAUAUUCAGAAAGUGGAGUGCUUGACCAACUGGCUCUGUGGGAUGCUCCAUUUCACUAUUCUUGUUGGUAAGCCUUUUGAAUUCCAGUGCUUGUCUCCUACAGAAAUUGGCCCAGAAAGCAAGAGCUUCAGUUAUUCAUGGAGGAUAGCCAGAGGUAUCAUUACCACUGAUGAUGUUCUCUUUAAACCAUUCAAGACUACUGGCUUUGUCAUUAAGCUUUCCCCAGCCAAGGAAUAUGAUGCAGGGACAUACAGGUGUGAUGUGCAGUUCAUGAGAACCUAUAAGAUUGUCAAAAGAAUCUACUUUGGAAUUCGUGUGAUCCCUGGUCACUUGGUGGAUCUGAACUUUGACAAAUCCUUGACUCUGGAACAGCACUUGGAAAGUGAGAAGGAAAAAAACCAGCAGAAUGCCACCAGUGUCCCUGUCCAGAAGCAGCAGCACCUUUGGCGCCAAAGAACUGUGUUUGUAUUUUUAAUAGGCAUUGGAAGUGGUGUGGUAGGAGGAAUCUUAUUGCACAACAUUUUCUACUAUUUAAUAAAAGUUCCCAAUAAUUAUGGAUAUGUGGAGGAAUAAAAAUGUUUGUUCUUGUA